UCGCAGGCAGCACCGGCGGCUGCAGCUACAAGAAGUAACCCGGGCGGGGUUGGUGCACGCGGCCCGGGGUGCAUGCAACAGCUUGCGGCACCCGGAGCGAAGAUCGUCGCCGCCUUUGCUGCCCGCUACGGACGAGGACCGAGCGGGGUGGGAAGCGGAGCGCACCCCGCCUCCCCUCGGUGUCUCGGGCUUUUCCCCAACACACACGCGCGCGCGCGCGCGCACGCACACACACACACACACACACACACACACACACACACACACACACACACACACGUGUGCGAUUCUCUGCUGCUCCUCCAGCCUCGGUGUGUGUCUUCUCUCGCAGAGACAUCGGCGCCCUCAGUGGAAGUGGGGACAGCUGCAGCUUACUCCCUCCCCCCACUUUUUUGAUUUUGAUUUUUAAUCUCUCUUCCCGGUUCCCAACACCCCCAGCAUCCCGGCGCACCCCUUUCUAUCCGGUUGCUAGUUGCCAGCCCUGGGGCCUCUCCAUCGCUUUCUCCCCACUUUGGCAGCAGGAGACGAGUUCAGGUUUGCCCCUCCGGGCUGGACACUGACACACUGAACCCCGCGUCCUUCGGUUCCAUGACUUCUGCCUAAGAGACUUCUUUUUUUCUUCCCCCGUUGCCCCCGCCCCACCAAAAAAAAAAAAAAAAGAAAGAAAAAAGAAACGAAAAAAGAAAAGAAAAAGAAAGAAAAAGAAAAAGAAAAAGCCAGAAUUUCCCCUCACUCACCCAACUACCCAGAGCCUAUAUUUAUGUUGCCAUCCUUUAGAAGGGACUCACAUUUUCUCUUUUUUAGACAAUUUGAGAGAGGUCAUUUGGUCAUUAUAUUUGGUUUGUUUGCCAAGUUACGCACUUGAUCUGAUUUUUUUCCCCUUAAUCCCCAUCUGUUCUCUAUUUUGAGGACUCCCCCCUCCCCUUUUAACUCCCCCUUCCGAUUCUUUAAAAAAAAUGCACUACUAUCUCCUAAGCGUUUUCCUGACCCUGGAUCUGGUCACCGUGGCACUGAGCCUCUCUACCUGCAGCACACUCGACAUGGAUCAGUUCAUGCGCAAGAGGAUCGAGGCGAUCCGGGGCCAGAUCCUCAGCAAGCUGAAGCUCACCAGCCCCCCUGAAGAGUACCCCGAACCCGAGGAGGUCCCCCCGGAGGUGAUCUCCAUUUACAACAGCACCAGGGAUUUGCUCCAGGAGAAAGCCAACCGGAGGGCAGCGGCUUGCGAGAGGGAGAGGAGCGACGAGGAGUACUAUGCCAAAGAGGUUUACAAAAUAGAUAUGCCGUACUACUCGGAAAAUGCCAUCCCGCCCACUUUGUACAGGCCCUACUUUAGGAUUGUCAGAUUUGAUGUCUCAGCGAUGGAGAAGAACGCCUCCAACUUGGUGAAAGCAGAAUUCAGGGUCUUUCGGCUCCAGAAUCCCAAGGCCCGGGUGUCUGAGCAACGGAUCGAGCUCUAUCAGAUUCUGAAAUCCAAAGACUUAACAUCUCCAACCCAGCGCUACAUUGAUAGCAAGGUUGUUAAGACAAGAGCAGAAGGGGAAUGGCUCUCAUUUGAUGUCACCGAAGUCGUGCAUGAAUGGCUGCAUCAUAAAGACAGGAACCUGGGAUUUAAGAUAAGUUUACACUGCCCGUGCUGUACUUUUGUACCAUCCAAUAAUUACAUCAUCCCAAAUAAAAGUGAAGAAUUAGAAGCAAGAUUUGCAGGUAUUGAUGGCUCCUUCAGUGAUCUGAAAACUAUAAAGUCCACUAGGAAAAAAAACAGUGGGAAGACCCCACAUCUCCUGCUAAUGUUGUUACCCUCCUACAGAGUUGAGUCGCAACAGUCCAGCCGGCGGAAGAAGCGCGCUCUAGACGCUGCCUAUUGUUUUAGGAAUGUGCAGGAUAAUUGUUGCCUGCGUCCACUUUAUAUUGAUUUCAAGAGGGAUCUUGGAUGGAAAUGGAUUCAUGAACCCAAGGGGUACAAUGCCAAUUUCUGUGCUGGUGCCUGCCCAUAUCUAUGGAGUUCAGAUACGCAGCAUAGUAGAGUUCUCAGCUUAUAUAACACCAUAAACCCAGAAGCUUCAGCAUCUCCUUGCUGUGUAUCCCAGGAUUUAGAACCUCUCACCAUCCUCUACUAUGUAGGCAAAACACCCAAGAUUGAACAGCUUUCCAAUAUGAUCGUCAAAUCUUGCAAAUGCAGCUAAAAAUCCUGGAAGCAGAUAAUGAUGAUCACAGUGAUGAUGACGGUGAUCACAAUGAUGAUGACGAUAACUGCGAUGAUAAUGACAUGCAUACCAAGAAUAAAAAAGAGAGAGCCUCAGUUCAUCAGUGUUAAAAAAAAAAAGAAAAGAAAAGAAAAAGCGGUACUAGUAUGAAUACUUUGGAAGUUUGGUUCUUUGUUUUUUAAAACUGGCAUCCGAAGCAAAAAAGAAAAAAGAAAAAAGAAAAAAAAAAGUUGAAGUCCUUAUCCUACAUUUCACCUUCUCUGAUAGUGAGAUAGACAAGAAGCAAAAUCUUUUUUUUUUUUAAAGAAAAAAUAAACACUGGAAAAAUUUGUUUAGUGUUAACUAUGUGAAAGGAAAAAAACAGGAAAAUCCCAUUAAGUGGAGUUGUUGUAUGUACCUGUCCUGUCCCAUGCCUCACUUGAUUUCUCUGUAUUGCUAUGCAAUAGGCCCCUUUCCCAUUUCUUUUAGCUGUAGAAUUAACAGUGCAUUAUUUAUUUGUGUGUAACUAUACAAUGAACAUUUCUUGGCCCUCAGAAAGCAAAAACUGGUGGAUGAAGAGGAGACCAAAUCAAUGGCCAGAAACCUGAGAAUGGAAGGCUUAGGGAACUUGAACUCUUGACAAGCCUGGGGGAAAAUUAAAAAAAAAAAAAAGGCCACAUAGUGGAG